GUUUCCAUGGAAGUCCACCAGCUCACCAUGUUAGGACAGCUAGCUAACAAAAUUCAGAGUAAUAAGAACACAGUGUACGUACAGUAAAUAGCUGCACUGUUCACCGAUUAUAGCUGCGUAUUUAUUAAGUCUUGUUUCAGUGGGUUUCUCUAGGAAGAGCAGAAUGAACCGUUUGAACCCCACGGUUCCCGCUGAUCAGUAUCUCGCGGACAGCAAUGUGCUGUUCUACCUGAAUGAUGCUGUGAUCCAGCUGCUAGAACACAAAGAGGAAUACAACCAGUUCGGAGUGAUCCGCUACUUCGCUGAAUAUUUCAGCAGUGUAAAGAACAGUAACCACGUCCUCUUCAGAGAGUUUAACUACAUCCAGGCCACUCCACAUAACAGAGCAUCCUUCAUUCGAGUAUUCUGGAAAUGCUACAGACAGAUUGGCAAAAGUGGAGACUUGCUCUCCAUGCUGGAAUACAGGUCCCUGCUGCAGUUACUGUGUCCAGAUUUUCCAGUGGUGUUGGUUCAGAGUGCCGCCAGAAUUGCUGUGAUGGACGACACCAUCGAUUGUCUGAUGUCUUUCUCUGAUUUUCUUUAUGCUUUCCAGCUGCAGUUUUACUACCAAGAGUUCCUGGACUGUGUGCUGGUAAUCUACCAAGAUCUGCUAGCAGGUAAGAGUCCCAACACUGUCAUCGUCCCCACAUCCACCUCCAUCGAGCAGAUCCCAUCUGUGUCUACAGAGGAGAACAACAAAGAAGAGCAGCCACAAGAUGGGGUGGAGCCUUCCACUUUGGUUCAGUGUAUAGACGCCCUGUGCGACAGGUCCAAACACAGUCAUCCGCCCAGGUCAUGUAUGAGGGAAAUCCUGAAGCAAACUGACAGAAUUUCUUACUACAGCUUCCUUAUGAGUCUGGCUAAACAAGAGGCCAUCAACCAAACUAUUGGAGUGUUACCCAGUAAGGCAGAGCUGCUCAUUGACCCAGAGAUGGACCAGGAACUGGACAAACUGAUUGCUCAAAUCGUAGUAAGUCCUAGCAGUAACAGUAGCAGUAGUGCUGUGGGGGGGCUAAAGGAAGUGCAGAAGAAGGCAUCACCCAGGAGGAACAUCCACCACAGGAGGAGGAUGGAGGUGGAGAGUGACGGCUCCACUGAAGAGACCGAUUCAUCUGAAAACUGAUCUCUGACAACUUAGUGACCUGUUGCCUGCUGUCUUAAAGGAACGCCUGUUGAAAAUCGACAGUGUGUCAGGACUGAAGAAGAAGAAGACGUCCUUCUAACUUUUACAAUUGUAAAUAAUGCAAAUAAUAUUAAAGAAAGCAGGAUGUGUCUAACAUGCAUUAGAAAACAUACAGAAUUAAGCUGUACUACUGUACUAUAAUUUAUUGAUGAAUCUGUUUGUGGCUCAAACUGUGCAGAAUGCAAAAAACAAGGAACCAGAUGAGUUCCAAACAUCAAUACACACACAUCUGCAUCCAAAAAUAGUAAAUAUAUAAUACAAACCUGUCUUGUAGCAUGCUUUUUAGUCAAUAAGACUAGAAAAGCAGAAAGCAUUAUAUGAAUAUCGUUCCAUUUCUGUAUAUGUAACCAUGUUUGUAUGAGGCUGUUUAUCACAAGAGCAAUGUGGAAAAAAAUACAUCUACAAACUUACUGUAAACACAAAACUGCAUACAGAAUAAAAUUCUGUGACCUUGUUAAGCAACAAGGCCUUGCAACUUUGAAAGAUGCAAAACGACAUACUUUUACUUUUCUUGUUGCUCUUUCCCGUCACCCUCCAACCUGUCGAGGCAGAUGACUCCCACUUCUUGAACCUGGUUUUGCUGGAGGUCUCUUACUCCAAGUGCUUUUCAUACAGGGCAUCUGAUUGUUGGGGUUCUCUCUAAUUCUGUAGGUUGUUUACCUUAGUAUGUGAAGCACCUUGACUUUGCUGUGAACUUACAGUGUAUAAAUAAAAUUGAAU